AUGAACCUGAUGUAUCUUACGUGGAAGUAAAUUUCAAGACCCCCUCUGCGCCCCGGAUCCGGACAGAUCGAGACGGUGUGACCUCCACUUACUCACAGCUGAAAUUUCGGAAACAGGAAACGCGCAUCGUUGAGGACGAAGAUCUUCCCAUUUCCUCGGGACCCGGCGGACUGCCAAGCACUGCACAAACAGCUGCGCAAGAACGGAAAUCGAAAGUGAAGAUCGGAAAUAGGCCGUACCGUCUUGUUUGCCUACUCUGCCUAGUUACGUCCGCCCUCAUCGUGACAGUAGCCGGUUUCUCGAUUUAUGUAUCACAGAUUCGUCAGACUCAGAUCACAUGCGACCAAAACCACCGGCUCCAUCGGGAAGAGGUCAACAGGACCCUGCGCCAAUGUCGACUACAAGUCCAUGAGUUAAACACAACCCUGCUAUCCACAAUAUCCGAGAAUUCCCACAUGCAUCUGACCCAGAGAACCUCUCUUGAGCAUCUCUCUGAGCUAAUCUCUAAUCUGUCAGAUCUUAAACGAAGGCACAGCGAUCUCCGUCACCAGUUCACUGAGAUGGAAACGAAGUACAGAUCUGUCAACGAAACCAAGGCUCAAAUCUGUGAAUUGUUGACCAGCAGAAGAGAGCAAGCGUUUUCCCAGGAUUGGAUCAAAAAUGCAGAGCAGCGUUAUUUCAUAUCCACGUUUGAAGCGUCCUAUGAUGAGGCGAAACAACAUCGUUUGAAAUAUCAUUCAAAUCUUCUUGAAAUAAUUUCAGAAGAGGAAAAGAAGUUUGUUACGAAAGCUGUACAAGACCAAAGCAGUUCAUACUGGAUUGGAAAAUGCCAAGACAGGUGAGAUUUGGGGUCAUGCAAGGUUUUGAGGACAGAGUUGGCCGUGGGAUUAGUUUGAGGAUUGAUACAGGAUGCGAGAAGGGAUUGGGCAGGGCGAUACAUUCAUGGACUGACACGGGCUGCGAUAGGGAGUGGGCUGGGGAUUCGUUUGUAGACUGACACAUUCUGUGGGGACAUUGUGGGAUUUGGGAGCAUUUUAGGGACAGAGAAAGGUCUGUGGUGAGUGUGUGGUGUGGUUGGAUUAGUUUAUGGUCUGACUCAGGUCCGUGGGGAGGAAAUGUGUCAGAGGGAGUAUCUUGGGGACGGAAACAGUGGUGGGGUGUGGCAGUGUGAAUAAUAUGGAACACACGAAUCUGUGAGAGAGAGUGGUCAAUUGCAUUAGUUUGGGAACCGACGCAGACUGUUGGUAGAAUGUAUGUAGUUGAAUAAAUUUGGGGACUGACGUGGGUUCUGGGUAGAGAGUGGGAAGUGGGAGUAUUUUGGUGAUCGGCACGGGUCUGUAGGGAGACGUUUGGACAGUGGGAUUGUCCUGGGGACUACCACGUGGCGGUGGGAAGAGAGUGGGAAGUACAAGUAUUUUGGGGACCGACACAGGGAGGUGGGGGGAAAAUGGGACAGUGGGUGUACUUUGACCUGAUACUGAUCUGCGGGGUGAGAGUAGGAGGUCAGAGUACUUUGGGAUACAAAGCAGGCCUGUGCAGAGAGAAAGUGGGUCAGAGAGAGUAUUUUGGAGCCUGACACAGGGCAGUGGUGAGAAAGUGGGGAUGAGGGAGAUGUCAGCGUGCCGCAGCCCAACGGCGAGGGAGGGCAUCAGUGAUUUUUGAGAUUUUGGGGGCUUCGACAGUUCAAUGCUGAGUGAGCGUGUCAUAUUUUUUAAGGACAGUUCCUUUUGAAAUUGCUUAUCCGUCCUUGACAGGAAAGUGGCCACGAAAGUGGUGUACCAUAUGAACGCUGGAAAGUUCAAAUGCAGCGAAUGUAAAUGGUACAGUCCGCUUUACCAUUGCAAUCGUGAUAAUCACCGCUUCAUCUGCGAGUCGUCUGCACCUUUGUGCCCAGACAAUUCUGAAAUGAUCCAGGAUGUCUGUCAACAGCCAGUGGGUUAGACUUGAAUCAAAUGCAACAACCUCUUACCGGCCAAACUACCCCAUUCGCGCUGCCACUCACCCUAACCCUAUUCUCCUCUUUCCUUCUAUCGCACUCUUACUCGCCAUUUCUCCCGCUCUUAACCCUCGUCCCUCUGAACUCUCUCUCUCUCAUGCCUCUUCACUGCCGCCUCCUCUAUUUCAUCCGCAGUUUCCUCUCCAUCCCUGUCCUCGCUUUCUUGUCUCCGUUUUCUAAAACCGUCUAUCCCGGUUUCUACUUCGAUUCGGUACUCCUUCUCUAUCUGCUCUCCCCAUCCCACUGUGUCCCUUUUAUCUAACCCAACUCGCUUCCCUCUUCUGUCUUUAGCUACGCUCACCUCAAUGAUGUGUGUUAAUGUUCUCGAUACUCCAGUCCUAGGGAAAUAGAGUGCACACAUUCGCCUGAUCUCUGUCCCUCGUGGAUUUGUACACCUCUGUAAGGUCACCGAAAAAAGUCUCAGAUUUCCCAACCUCUCUCCAUAACUCAGUACCUCCUGUACGGGCAGCAUCCUCGGAAAUCUCCCUCUGCAAUCUUUCCAGUUUGUUGAGAUUUCUCUUAGAGCAAGGCAAGCAGAACUGAACUCCAUACUCCAAGUGCGGCCUGACCGACGUCAUCUGCAACUGCAACGUGCCCUCCGACUCCCUGACCCAGUGUCCUGACUGAUGAAGGCCAGCGUGUCAAAUAUCCUGUCCACCUGUAUCGCAACUUUUCUACCGGAUUCAGGGUCUGCUUUAUUAUCUGUGACUUAGACCACCUGAGAUUUGUAGUUUUGAAGAAUCAGCAGGGACCAAAUGUGUAAAAUUAAUG